UCAGUUCACAAAUGAAUAUUUCUAUAUUUUGCCUUCCGCAACAAUGAUAAUAAAAUUCGUGUUUAUUAACUCGAGUCUCCAGAGCAGCUCGCACGGAGGCGAACUGCAAGCCCGAUUGCUUCAUUAGUCGUAGACGAAAAAUAAAGAAAGGAGGAUGAAAAGACGAGGCUACCCGCGCUCAGAUAGGAGCUCGGGGAGGGAUUUGAAAGAAAAAAGGGAAGAAAAAGAUGAGAUUUCGUGUGUCUGGCUAUUUCGUUGUGAGUUAUUUCUGGUUGUUCGCUCUCGCGUAACUAGGUGAAAACUUCUAGAUUUCCCUCUCUCGGUUUCUUCCGCUCUUUCUGCAAUGUCCCAUCUCUCAAAAGCUCCUCGACCUCGUCUCCUUCUUUCUCAUUCUUGCUCGAUUUUCUCGAGGGCUCGUAGAGACGCGCACGAGUUUCAAAUCCACAUAGAUAAAAAAAAAAACGUAGCUCGGCGUUGCAGCGAGCGAUUUCUCGCCAACGGACGAACCAAAACAACGCGAUUCCCGCCCUUUUGUGAAUCAACAAAGUCUGUACGGUGAAGUUUACAAAAAUGCUGGAUUCGGGUGCUCACAGUGGGAUUUAGCUAGGCCAAGGAAAGGUUGGAACGGGGGGGCGGGCCGGACACGAAAUUUCAUACACGUAACUUCGCGUAGUGGGCUAUAUUUCGACGAAGGUGGAGAAAGAGCGAGAGAGCGAGUGCCCGGGUUCGGGAAGUUUACCGACCAGUUCCUCACGUCUCGCCGGACAUCUCGGGACUGCGUCAGCUCGCUCUUUCCCUCGUCUCUUGUACACACCCUCCCCCACCGUAAUUUCCAUCUUUGUCUUUUUUCGCGCUCCCGAUAUAGAUCGAAGCGGACGAUCGGUUCGACGCGUCGAGUGCGUGCCGCCGCUCGUAAUCGGCUGAUCGUUUUUCGCUUCCGAUUAAAAAAAUAUUUUCACUCCCGGUUUUCCCGCGCCUCGGUUCCUCCGUCGAUGUAAAUUAGUGAACUCGGUGCCCGAGCGAAUCGAUCGAUGUGUCAACUUUUAUCCGCUCUCGUUUUCCUUUAGCAGUGCGUCAUUUUAUUCGUUCGUGGAUCUUCGCCACCGCCGGGGCUCACCGAGAUAUUCCUUCGUUCGUGCGAAUUAUAUUUAUUGCUUUUGUUCCCCCAUGGCGAACAUGGAGAGGCCAAUGUCGCCCCUUAAUUCCAUAAGCCCCGCGCGCUUGGCCACUAUCCAACGUCACGCUCCAUGGGAACGUCAUAUGGACGCGCUACUCGCCGACCUCCAGAACACAGUGUCCUCGGGACCCAAUCAUGUCAGCAACAAUGCCACACCUGGUUACGGCUCGCUCAACGGUGCUAGGAACAAUCAUCCGUCGAAUGUUUACAGAUCGUACGAGUCUCGUACUUCGCCACUGCCGCCACAAUCGCCCACCUACCAGAAUCGCGAGGUGAUCGAGGAAACGAUAACGAAGAGCACCAACUCCAGCGGCGGGCAGUACCACAGUCAGAAUCCUGGAGGCGGAAAAAUACCCUCGUUGAAUAAUAAUCUUUCGGAGCUGGACACUUUGCUCCAAGAUUUGAGCAACGCACGCUACAACAGCCACUUUCAAGAGCGCGAGGUUCUGGGAUCCUCGCAAAGCGGAUUGAACGGCGACGCCGUCAGCCCGAUGCGCCGGUCGCCGAGCAGCUUGUCAGCGUCGAGGCCUACCGUCGAUUCUUUACUCGAGGAAUUGAGCACAGCGGUGCCAAACCCCGAAUAUCCUCAGGAAGGGAGAGUGAAAGUAACAAUCCAGGAAACUUCGACCGAAGUUCAGCCGGUGUACGAGAGUUAUCCAUCGAGUCAGAACAAUUCGUUGAGUCGCUCGGAAUUGCACAGAAGUUAUACGAGCAAUGGGCACACGGCGAGUAACGCGACCAAAGAACUCGAUGACCUCAUGGCCUCGCUCUCCGAAUUUAAGAUCAACGGGAGCACUCAUCAGCAUCAAACCGUGACAGAUUCGCCGUACGCGAAGCCAAACAAGGCAACGAAAAGUUCACCAAGUCCGUUGCUGCAAGAGGGUAGCAACGUCGUCACAGUGAGUAGCAGCGGCGCCGGAGCCGGUGGUGGGGUCGGUGUGUCACCGUCACAAACGAGAAUUCACAUAACCGAAACUCACACGAGCCAUCAGUAUCAACCGCAACACGGCGAAGCCCACACAACGACAGCUCAAGCGACCAGCCACAUUGUCAAACAGAAUCAAUUGGAUUCUAUGCUUGGUAAUCUACAAGCAGACAUGAGUCGCCAAGGUGUUAAUACGACGCAGAAGGGCUGCUGCAACGCUUGCGAAAAACCAAUCGUCGGACAAGUCAUUACCGCGCUUGGUAAAACAUGGCAUCCGGAACAUUUCACCUGCACGCAUUGCAACCAGGAAUUGGGAACGAGAAAUUUCUUUGAGAGGGAGGGACAUCCGUACUGCGAGACCGAUUAUCAUAAUUUGUUCUCGCCCCGUUGCGCCUAUUGCAACGGACCCAUUCUCGAUAAAUGUGUGACAGCCCUUGAAAAAACUUGGCACACGGAACACUUUUUUUGCGCUCAAUGUGGCAAGCAAUUCGGUGAAGAGGGCUUCCACGAGAGAGAUGGAAAACCGUACUGUCGCGAGGAUUACUUUGACAUGUUUGCCCCGAAAUGUGGUGGCUGCAACCGGGCUAUCAUGGAGAACUAUAUCUCAGCUCUCAACAGCCAGUGGCAUCCGGAUUGUUUCGUUUGCAGGGACUGCAGACAAAAGUUCCAGGGUGGUUCGUUCUUCGAUCACGAAGGCUUGCCUUACUGCGAAACUCAUUAUCACGCUAAAAGGGGCUCGCUCUGUGCCGGUUGUCACAAACCCAUUACAGGUCGCUGUAUAACCGCGAUGUUCCGCAAGUUCCAUCCGGAACACUUUGUGUGCGCUUUCUGUUUGAAGCAAUUGAACAAAGGAACGUUCAAGGAACAAAACGACAAGCCCUACUGCCAUGGUUGUUUCGAGAAACUUUUUGGAUAAAAAUCUAUUCAAAAGAGAUUCCCACUGAUUAAUCGUCAGAAGAUAAUGCAUCGAAAUGACGAAGGAAACUAAAAAAAUUCUUUUAAUGUUGAAGCCGAAAACGGCCUUGAAGGCGAAAUAGUCUUCGAGUCAAAUUAUUUACGUUCGCAAUUAAUGAAACGAACGGUACAGUUAUAUAUUUAUAAGUCCAUAUAUAUAUAUAUAAAAAACAUUUUUAACGCUCCGAGGGGAAACGAGCACGAAAAUUUUGACUUCCUUUUUUUUAAUUGUCGAAUUUUUAGAUUAAAAAUGAAACCGAACUGGGUGCUAAUCACCAUAUUUUCUUUGACAAUUGUUUUUCACUAAUACUGAAAGAGUGAUCCACCAGCCGGGUUAUUUUACAGUUUAUAUAUGUAAUUAUAUAUAUUAAUGAAUUGAGAAGCAAUGUGAGCAUAGAACAAUCGAUGCUGUCCGUUUAAGAUCUUGUUACGUUUACGAAUUUAUAUGAUGUACAGUUUGAGGCAAAGAUUUUAUUCUCUCACUAUUUCUUCGUCAAUAAGAAAGAAAGCACGUGUCAGAAAUGAAGAAAUGAAGGUAUUCGCACGCUGAACAGCAAUUAUAUAUGCGGGGUACCCACAAUGAAAUUUCUUUACCUUCGUUUACCGCGAAACGCCACUUCUUUUUUUUAUCAAAUAUAUAAGACGUACGAUAGUCGAAUAUUUACGUGCUACAUUACGAUGAACAGCAAAGUAAAUCGAGAAAAAAUAUUAUAGAAAAACUGGUACUACCGACACUAUUAACGCAGUAUUAAAUAUUGAUCCACUAACGAUAACUGAUAACGCGAACGAAAGGACUGCAGCGUGCUCGAUAAGAGCUGCGUUGACAUUAGCCAAAUUAUGCUACGAACUCUGUGUAGAGGUUUCAGGAAAUUUUUAAUAAAAAUACUUAAA